UUGAAGAUCCUUCAACAAGACUGAGUCUCAUGGCAAAAAAGAAAGGAUUUUGGGUAGAGAAAGUUCAUUGUAUAGGCACUGAGAACAGUCUCUCAGAGUGCCAUGCUCAGCUGUCAAUCCCCCGUAGUCCUACCCCUUGUAAAAAUGGGAGACAUGCAGUGGUCAAGUGUGUACCAGGACCUCAGUUUGCUCGCAUCUCUUCAGGAAGACCUCAAGCUCCCUAUCCAGUUGUGCCUGUUCGUCUCAAGGUGGGCCCCAGACUGGGAGAGGGGCGUGUGGAGGUGCUCCGUGAUGGAAAAUGGGGGACUAUUGUAGAUCACUUGUGGGACAGAACAGCAGCCAGUGUUGUGUGCAGGGAACUGGGCUUUGGUACUGCCAAAGAUGCGCUGCAUGGAGCCUUUAUGGGUCAAGGUACAGGGCCCAUCCAUAUGAACAAUGUUCAGUGUACUGGGCUGGAACACUCUAUUCUAGACUGCUACUUCCAGGAAGUCCAACCAUGGACAUUCAAACACAGCCAGGAUGCCUCAGUACGCUGCAACGUUCCUAAAACAGGCACAGAAAAGACGGUGCGGCUUGCUGGUGGUAGAGUCCCAUCAGAAGGCCGUGUAGAGGUGUUGAUGGAGGUUGGGGGUCGUAAACGCUGGGGCUCUGUCUGUAGUGAGAACUGGGGCAUAACCGAGGCCAUGGUGGUAUGCAGACAGCUGGGCCUGGGCUUUGCUGCCAGUGCUCAUCAGGAAACCUGGUACUGGCCUGGCGACCCCAGUGUCAACGAUGUGAUUCUCAGCGGAACUCACUGCGUGGGAACAGAGCUUUCAAUUCAACAGUGUCGUCGUAACAACCAUAUCCAUUGUCCUCGUGGAGGUGGAGCAAAGGCUGCUGGGGUCAGCUGUUCUGACACGGCACCUGACCUUGUUGUGGAUGCCCAGCUGGUCCAGGAGACAGCCUACCUGGAAGACCGUCCUCUCCAUCUUCUGACCUGUGCCAAUGAAGAGAACUGUCUGUCAUCAUCUGCUGCCAAGAUGAACUGGCCUUAUGGCCACCGACGCCUGCUGAGGUUCUCCUCCCGCAUCAUGAAUUUGGGUCGUUCUGAUUUCAGACCCAAAGCAUCGAAAGAGAGCUGGACAUGGCACCAGUGUCACAGGCACUACCACAGCAUUGAGGUGUUCACGCAUUACGACCUGCUGACUCUGAAUGGCACGAGGGUUGCAGAGGGACACAAGGCCAGUUUCUGUCUGGAGGACACAUAUUGCCCUGAUGGCCUCCAGAAACGCUUUUCCUGUUAUAACAUGGGUGAUCAAGGCAUCUCUGUGGGCUGCUGGGAUACAUAUCGGCAUGAUAUCGACUGUCAGUGGGUUGACGUGACUGAUGUACGGCCAGGAGACUACAUAUUCCAGGUGGAAGUCAACCCCUCACUGGACAUGGCUGAGUCUGACUUUAUGAACAAUGUUAUGAGAUGUCGGUGCAAAUAUGAUGGCCACAGAGCUUACAUGUAUGGAUGCCAUGCAGGUGAUGCAUAUAGUGCAGAAACUGAAGACCUGUUUGAGCAUCAGAGGCAAAUCACCAACAACUUUCUGUAGCCUGUCCCAGGUUCCAGGAGGAGGCCUUCUCAUGUGGCCCCGGGACCACUAAGGUUGGGUUUACGUUGAUGGCAUCAGGCUCUUUGGAUAUUAGGACCCACAAUAAUAUGUAAAACUGUGCCUGCUCAUCUCCUUGCAAGAUGUGGAAAUAAUAAUACACAACAGCGGCCAUUGCAGAGACACUACUCAACUCACCGACUACAAGAGUUGGGAGGUUAAAGAUGGUCGACAUGUUUUUUACUCUAGUUAAGUAAGAUUUUUGUUAUUAUAACUACAAUAUUUUUUGUGAAUGUGGACUACUAGUAACUUAAAUUAGAUUUUAAAAACACAUACACAUGAAAGACCUUCAUGUCACUGUAACUAACCUGCCACAAAGACAACAGGGAUGCCGAUGCUGUAAGGAAAUGACACUUUCCCCCAAUAUCAUGAUAGAAACUUGGGAUUGGAUCAUUUGUAAUACUUGUGUUAUUGGUGCUCUUUAACAAUACUGUAUGUCAUUAUAUUAACCUCAGUAUAUUUCAGGUGAACGGUACAUUCUGGGUAGUUUUCCUUUCAGAUUAUUUUUACUUUGGUUUAAAGAAAAAUCAGCAU